AAAGACAUUAGGUGACUGAGCUGAACACAGUGUGGACCUCACUGUGCAAACACUAUGUUGCAUUUUUGCCUACAUUAAAAUGGAAAGACGGUAAUGCUGCCUGGUCUGCACAGAUGAUAUAAAGCACACAGUGUACUAGAUGUCAGAUGUGUUUCCAUAAGACAAUCAUCAUUUGACAACCUUGAUAUUAAUAACCACUUACAGUUAUGGGCAGGCAAAGGACUGAAACAUCCAAACUUCAUCGACACUGUGAGAGUUGCCACAGCCGACGCUGCAAGACCCCAGUAGAGAUUUCUGUCUCGUGUGUGAUCAUCAGUUGCCGUUUGCUGUGCGGCGCUGUGUUUCACCUCUGCAAGGAAGAAGAACACAUGCUUUUGUGCCCUAAUGAGAGGGUGCCUUGCCUCAAUGUUGAAUAUGGCUGCCCAUUCGCCAUGUGCCGAUCAAAGUUAGCAAAGCACUUGGAGUUAUGUCCUGCCAGCAUUGUCUCCUGCUCCAUGGAGUGGAACCGAUGGCCCAUUGAAGAGUCUGAAACCCCUGAGUUCUAUGAGAACAUCUUAAAGGAGAACCACGCACAGGAACCUCUGGAUCUCUCAAUGGCUCUAAGGGACCAGCAGCAUCUGUUUAGAUCACUCAAAAUGAAGAAUCUUUUUCCAGAACUUAUAGAAAAGGUGGCUGAGGAACCUUCAGUUAUGGUGCUAGAGGGAGCCGUGGGAGGGGUACCGCUCUCAAAUGGAGUAGAGGAAGCAACUGCGUCUGCAGGCAUUGCUUCAAACACCGAGUUUCAGGAAGAAGGACUGACUCAGGAGGAAAGAGAAGCUUUAGCAAGGAAUCCCAAUUUGGUGGAUCUUGAGAGCUAUAACAUUUGGGAGAGAAUGUUUAGUAUGGAAUUGAGUGGCUGCAAACAUACCAUCAAAUCUUUAGGGCAAAAUCCUGCAUCCUCAAGUGGCACUGAAAUAAAGCCACAAGCUAACCCAAGCAGGUUAGAAAUCAUACAAGAAGAGCCACAAGUGCAAAAUGACAGUCACGAAACCCCUUCUGACAUACCGAAAUACAAUGCAUACGAAAUGGAUGAAGACAAAUUCCUCAUCGCCACAUCCCUGUUCGCGUGCGACACGAGACCCAAGAAGAAAUUCAUAUACGAACAUUUGGAGCCCAUUAAGAUUAAAUCGGUCCGCACUUUCAAAAUCCCAACCAGCUUCAAAGCGAAACAAAGUCGCAUUCGAAACCCCUCGCAUAACAAAAAGGUGAGCGUAAGUGUUGACACAUCGGACCUAGGUGUUGAAAUUGAUGACAUGCCAAAAUGGGAUGAAGUUCAAGCUACUCUGUUGUGUUCUUUGGAGAGGGAAUUACGGGGACACCUCAUAGCCGAAUCCAGGUCUGCAGAUGCUCUUCUUCUGGACGUUGGAACACAGACAUAUGAUUUUUACUCAGCUCCUUUCAAACCAGAGAACUCACUGGCAGAUAUCAUCGCUGACCGGGCUUUGAAACUUCAUGUCCAAAUUCAACCGGAGAGUGUCACAAGAAGACACAACAAAUCCAGCUCUGCAUUCACAUACCUGUGCAAUCACACAUUUAGAAGAGAUGAGUAUCCUUCACACUUCAAGAAUGUUCACUCCGACAUCCAGAGUUGUGCCAGUGGUUGGUUUGAACAGCGUUGUCCUCUUGCCUACCUGGGCUGCACUUUCAUUCAACGAAGGUUCCAGCCCAGUUCUCAAAGAGCGAUGGUCUUCUACAAUAAAGACCUCAGCACAUUCUGCCUCAGACCUGAAGUUUCAGAUAUUUUAUAUGAAGGUGUGAAAACGGUGACGAUGGAGAGAAAGUGUGCACGCAAUACGGAUGCUCUAAGCAAGCUUCCCUUUGAGGUUCUAGUCCACAUUGUUGGAUUUCUUGACAGCUUCACCCUGACCCAGUUGUCUCUGGUAUCCCGACUCAUGAGAGAAGUGUGCAGCACCUUGCUGAAUGAAAGAGGGAUGGUCUCACUGAAGUGGGAGAAGAAGGUCUACUCUCAUGGUGGCCGGUGCUGGAGAAGCAGAAAGAAGGUUUGGCAGUUUAGCAACCUGUUUUCCACUGUGGAUAGCUGGUGCUUUGACAAAUUGCCUCCAAUUUCUGAACAUCUAAAGGAUUGUCCAUACUACCAGAAGGAGAGUAAGACAGAACCUGUUCCUUUAACUGGUGUUUAUGACUGCCAAGAGGGGGACGAGAGGAAGAAUCACAGUCUGGUCUCCAUGUUCAUCAAAAACUAGUAAUAUUUUGACUAUAACAGACACUGAAUUUAAGAUUUUACUGUUGAACCCCCUUCAGCCUAAUAAUGGACAUAUAACAGGAUGUAUAACAACAUAUAACAUUAAGUAUCAAUUAUGUUUUUAUUGUAUUGCUAUGUUAAUCCUACGUGAUUAAUCUUGUUUUGGCAUGUGAUUUAGACAAUCAUCUACAGUAUCUAUAGUGGAAUUCUGUUGGUGCCACUUUGAUAUAUCUGUACAUUUGUAAUUAAAAUGAUGUUUAUAAUGUUACAUUACAUUAACACAUUUUCAAAUAUGGUUGUGUUAAUAUGCCUUUUCCCUUAUGCUGACAAUCAUCAGGAUUCCUGCAGGUUUUGUUUUAUUUCUGUUUUCAUUUUGUUUUAUUCAGUUUGCCCAGUGAAUUUGAUGGAAAACCAAGGAAAAUGUCUGUUUAUGAAUAAGUGCUUUUCUCAGGGUGUAAAAGCAAGGACCUAGCAUGUCAUCUAUUAGAGAGAGUUUUAUACAACCUCUCUAAAUAAUAGAAUAUCAUAUUAAGAAACGUUAACAGAAAAAAAAAUCUAUAAGACAAAAACAAACAAACAAACAAAAGAAAUAAUCAGCCUCUUGCAAAGUUAGUGCCGUAUGAAGCAUUUAGUUAAAUCCUCAUGUUGUUUGUUAAAUAAUAUGUACAGUAGCAAAACUUUUAUUCAAAGGAAUAUUCCAGGUUCAAUACAAGUUAAGCUCAAUUGACAGCAUUUGUGGCAUAAUAUCAUUUACCACAAAAAUCAAUUUCCAAUUUUCUUAAAAAAAAAAAAAAAAAUCUGGCUCAAUCGACUGCAUUUGUGGCAUAAUGUUGAGAACCACAAUAAAUAGUUUCAACUAGUCCGACCUAUUCUUUUAAAAAAAGCAAAAAAUCAAGGUUAGAGUGAGGCACUUACAAUGAAAGUGAAUGGAGGCCAAUUCCAAAACAUUUCAAAAGUAUAGCAACAAGACGUAAACAAUAUGUGUUUUAACAUGAUGUAAUAAAAACACUUACAAACCUUUUCUGUAUAAAAUUAUUGCCAGUUUUACAACUUUGUUACCAUGAUGAUGUAAUGUCAACAAACCCUAAAACCCUAAAACGACUGUAAAAAUUAUGACUUAAACAACUGUACAGCUUAAAUAACACAUGAGUUUUAACAUAAUAAUUAAUGCAAGUGCUUUUAUAAAAUUAUAAGCUUCACAUUUCUGUGUUUAAACCCUCCAAAAAUUGGCCCCAUUCACUUCCAUUGUAAGUGCCUCACUGUAACCUUGAUUUGUGCUUUUUUUAAAGAAUAGGAGGGAUGAGUCGAAACAAUUUAUUGUGGUUAUCAACAUUAUGCCACAAAUGCAGUCGAUUGAGCUUAACUUACUAAACGAACUCAGAAUAUUCCUUUAAUAAUUUUCAAAAAUAAAUGAAAAAAAUAAAACAUUUUAGUUAUACUGCA